AUGAAGGUUCGCAAUGAGGGGGUUAAAAAUGCAUGGCGUAAAGCGCCUAGCAUGAGAGCGGCUCGAGAGAAGGCGGCGGUCGCUGGUGUCCUCGAUGAGAGAAUAUAUGUAAUGGGUGGUUGCAAGGCAGAAGAAACCGCCAACUGGGCUGAGGUUUACGACACAAAGACUCAAACUUGGGAAGCUUUACCUGACCCUGGCGCUGAGCUCCGCUCCUCUUUACUUAAAACAAUUAGAAUGAUCAAGGGAAAGGUUUACGUUGAGAACAGCGAGAAGAAGCACUAUGUUUAUGAUCCGAAAGAAGGUAAAUGGGACGUUGCAGCAAACGCAUUAGUAAAUGAUCAGAGAAGAAGGUGUCACAUAGAUGUUUUGUACUCUUGUAGCACACAAGGUUGCUUUUGGUAUGACAGAGAGAGUAAGGAGUGGAGAAAGGUCAGACGUUUGGAGGCAUUUGAUACGAAUGUUCGUGAUGGUGUUAUUAUUGCAUUAGCUAAUUACUGUGGGAAACUCUUGAUCCUGUGGGACAAAAUUGAGAAGCCUAGGAGGGGUCAAUGUCGAAACAAGAACAUUUGGUGUUCGGGGAUUAACCUUGAAAGACGUAAUGGUGAUGAAGAUGAAGUUUGGGGAACUGUUGAGUGGGCUAGUGUUGUGCUUACCGUUCCUAGUUCAUACGUUUUCUUGCGUUAUGAAGUGAAUUCGGUUUGA